AUAUUCAUAGAAUCUCAUCCAAUGAUCGAUGAAGAAAUUCAGUGGGUGGAAGAAAAUUUGCCACUUGCAUGUGGGAUAUUUCGAGCUGGUAAUGUGGGCAACUUGGAUAUGUCCAGGUUCUCUCACAUUGUUAAGUGUGAUAGUAGCAAAAAGCAAUCAUUCUACAGGAUUUUUCCAAAGAAAGGUGAGAUAUGGGCAGCGUAUAAAAAUUGGAACAACAACUGGAAAGAUUUCAAUUUUGUUGGGUUCCUAUGUCAAGUGGUUGAGAUCCUAUCAGAUUUCUCUAAGGAGAGCGGAACCAGCAUAUGUAGCUUGGUUGAGGUAGAGGGAUGCGUGACCUUUUUUGUAAGGAAAUUGCAUGAGGGUUUUCAAUUGACGAAGCAGCUUCAAAGAUUAGAAAUGCUCAGCUUCUCACAUGGAAUCCCCACCUUCACUGUGGUUGGUAUCAAAAACCAUGCAAUUCCAAAAGGGUCUUGGCACCUUGAACUGGAUGCACUACCUCCCAGGUGGAGCAACUAAAAAGUGCGCUGCUGGCAUUAUUGUCCAGGUGUUGUCUGAUCAAACAUAUUAGUAAUUGUAACUAUUAUUAUAUUUAUACUUUUUAAUGUGCCGAAUAUUCAUUCAUACAAUCCUGAAUAGUGGAGCAUGAUCUAGUCACAGUAUAAUAUGCUUGGAUAUCUGUUUUAGCUGGAUUGCUUCCUCUGCUUUGUUAUAACUACAUAUGCUGGUUUAUUGUCUUUUCCAUCUUAAUGCUAGAUAAAUGGCGUAUUAACCUUCUUCUUUUCUGGUUUAAAAACCUUUAGCAUUUAGUGAAUUUUAUCUUCAGUUUUCUUACUAUAGGUUAUUAAUUUAACAAGGCUUGGGGCACUGCUGGAUAACUUUGUGGAAGGGCCUGCUGUUUCUUCAGUCUCCUUUUGUUUACUAUCCAAAGAGUAUAAAAGCUGUGGUUUUCCAUUCUGCCUUAAGACUUCUGUUUCCAAGUUAUGCAGAAUGCAAAUUCAGAUAUCUAUUUUGAAACCAAGUCAGAAACUUGUCUGUCCGCAGAGUUGAUCUGAUUCGACUUUUGGAGUUGUGGACCUUGGUGGCCUACAAUAUAAUAUCAUAAUGCUGAAAUAUUAUGCCUUAUCUUCAUAUUCUCUUUACAUCUUAGCAACAUCGACUAUUCUUAUAGCAAUAUAUGGUUUCAAUCUAAAUGAGCAUGAAAGGCACAUUUGGUUUCUUAUGUUUCUGUUGCUUAUGAUUUGUACAAGGUGUUUCUUUUUUAAGGUUGCCUUAUUUGAUCUAGAAUGUCUUCACGACACUUGCAAAAACUACCUCCUUUGGGGAGGUGAAAUAUGCCCAAAUAUCAAUUAUAUAUGCUGCAUCAACUGCAAUGCAUUGCUAAGUAAUAAUAGCAGAAUCGUACUCCCCAUUUGCUUAUGCAGUUGGUAAUUUCACAUGCCUGAUAAUAGAUAAUCUCCAUGUAUUUAUACUAUACCAUAUCUAGACUGAACUUUUGUUGAGCUUCUUUUAGUACAAAAAAAUCCAGAUGCAGGUGAGUCUGUUCUGCCAGUAGCUGCAGACCGGAAGAAAAAUACUUACAUGGUUCAUUUGCAACUUUAUGAAAUGCAACAAAGUUUUGUGGUCAGCUACAUGGAUCGUUUGAAGGCAUUUGGCUUUGCCAUGAGCAACAUUCUUACAUGGAAGUCAUUCUGUGUGGUGUUGCUAUUUCUGUGCACCCUUGGACUCUCUUUUCAAGAACAUCUACUUGAAGUUUCUGAUAUGGUGAUAAAGUGCAAUGUCAGUCCAAACAUAUGGUUGGAUCUCUCUUGCUAAUCAAAAACUGCGACAUGUGCAACAUGGAACUGUCUUUAAGAUUUUGUACCUCAAAAUGCUAAAUCUACAUGCAACUGCCCUGUAUAUUGGGUGGAUAACCAUUAUAUACAAUUUAAA